CAAGUAUGAAGCAGCGAAUAACCUACCUCGUUCGGAACCCGGAUGAAUUUACCCCAGAGCAGUUGGCUGUGAAGCCCAGUUCCAUAGCUCUCAGAAAAGUCAACGCAGCAAAAGAACACCGCAUUACUUUGGGAUUGGAGGAGCUACCUGACGAGCUCCGAAAAGCCUUCAACCAAUGGCAUGAACUCCACAUAAGAUGGGCAUCAGAAAGUCCCUACGACGCCAUCCCACCGUUCACAUCACGUGUAUCUCCUGGACUACAUGUGUUUUACACGCCUCAAAAAGACCACCCAGAUAGCCUCCUUUGCCCUCUGCUAAAAGAGGUAUUUGGGAAUGGCUUUGUAUGUGAGGACCCGAAGGAAACGUUUAUAAAGCUGCCAAUCCUUUCAGAGCGCUUUUCCAUGUCCUCAUCUACACAAUUCUACACCCGCAUUCCAGAUCUAGCAUCUCUUGUAUCCUAUUUUCAAUCGAAAAUCUGUCCGCUAUCACCUAAUUCCUGUAAAAUUUCUGCAUCGACUCUUCUUUCAGCAUCCUACGUUGAUAUCGAUUAUGACGCCAUCUCACACACCCUUAUCAUCAACGCAUUCUGGGCCCGCGCACCCAAUGAGGAGAAUCACUGGACUGAAACUAUCUCGCUCCCCGGGAGCCAAGAAACUAUUGAAAUCGGAAUCCUCAACAACGAACCCAACCCCGACCCCGAAGAUAUUUCAUUCUCCGGCUUCCUAACCGUCCUCGGCCAAGAUACUCAACCGAAACCAACGCGUUUCCAAACACCCACCCGGCACUACCCGCUCUCUGCAUCCAGUCUGGUCUACAAAACUUCCUUCGCACAUCCGACGGGCCUCCAUCCGACACUCAUCCUCACUCUUCCGACCAAGCAUCUCGAACCCCCGGACACGACUUGCAGACUGCACGCACACCUCACCCUUCCCCGCACGCUUUUCAUUGACAAAUACCAAUUCAGCGACUCCCUGUUCCUCUCCUCCCACCAUAUAACCUCUCUACGCUCGAUAUCAGGGGCCACGGAUCUCGAGGCCCCGGAUUGGGUUGUUCCUCAAUGGGGCUCUGCUGCUUUGUUUGAGCUCGAUACUCCUUCUUCAGACCCUGACCCAGACCAAGAGGCAGGCAGAGACUGGAACAUCACCAUCCCUCUGCAUCUCCGCUACUUCCCCCCCUCAAAUUCAACCCACACUCCCCUUGCCGUCCCCUGGCCCGUCUUGUUCUGGGCCUGCAGAGCGGAAGAAGGAACAAAAAUGUCAGUGAAUCCAUUUGAUCGUAUUCAUUUGGGUUACGAGGCGCUCUUUGGGCCGAAAACGAGGUUCAUGCACAUCCCGCCUGCAGCGAGCCGGAACGGGAACGGAAAUGGGAGGGGGAGACGGGAAGGCGGAGGAGAGUUGGUGGAGUGGAUUGAUGUUCCGGUGCUGGAUUUGAGGAAGGCGGGGUGGGUAGAGGUGGGGACGGUGGGCGUGGUGUUGGUUAGCUUUUUGGGGUUGUGUUGGGUGCUUUUUGGGAAAGGGGUCGGCGAGGGUGGGGCUGGUGUGAAGAAGGUUGGGAAGGGGAAGAAAAGGCAGUAA